AAAAGUCAUAUUUGUUUCUGUUGCAUCUUGUUUAUCUUGUUUCUAUUUCAUAAAACCAUAAAAAUAAAAUUGUUUGUCAUUUGUUGCAUUUAGUUCUUUAUUUCUGUCAAAAAUAUUAAAACCCAUAGAAAGUUGUGUUCUUCAUUUGUUCUUCAUCCUGUCGAUUUAAUUGUUUCUUAGAUCCAUAUCUUAAAAAAAAAACAUAAAAGCUGUUAGAAUUAAGUUAAUAUCCGAGUUUCCAAAUUUUGGUGGAGUUUGUAAAAGUUUUCCUUCUUCUGGUCAACCCAAACUUAUUCCUUUCCAAAAGAUUUUUGUUUACUUGCAAACUUUAUUUAAAAAAAAAAAAAGAGAGGAAAUCAGAAAUUGCCCAUUUUGUUUAGUGUUUAGUAUUAUUUUUUUCUUCUUUCCUUUAACUUUGCUAGUCACGUUUUCUUGUUUAAUCACUUGAUUCAGAAUACCUUCAUCUUCUUCUUGAGAUAUUUAAUCCUUAACUUGGUAGACAUGGCGACUGAAAGAAGCUGAUGAGUACAAUAUUUCUGAAGUUGAUUGGGGUGAAGAACCGGGAUACUCAUGGGAAGAUCAAAACUAUGGAGAUGGCUCUGAAGAAGACGACCAGUGUAGAGAGUCAAGGGCUGAAGAUGGAUAUGAGGAAGAACCAUGUCGUGCGGAGCUUGAUUCCAAGCCACAAGACCACUACAAGAACCAUACCAUCAACAAGAGCUAUUCUAAGCCUUGGUUAAAAUUUACUGAUGAAUUUUAUGACUAUAGUCCAACAGUUUUCACCAAAACACUGGUGUCUUUUUCAGGAAAAGAGAACUACUCCAAAAGGGAGGAAGACAUGGAAAAUUAUUUUUGGGAGUACAAAGUUCCUGAACAUAAGAAGCUGUCCAUAGCCUUAGACACCCUUGUAGGAGAAGCUUACCAAUGGUGGCUUCAAGUGGAAGAAUGUCGCAUCUACUUCAAGGAACCAACCCCACACUGGGAAUAUGUCAAAGAGCUGAUGUAUGAACAUUUCGAGAUGAGGAGAUUACCCCCUAGAACCUGUCCUAAACGUUUUGUUAAACUGAAACCGAGACAACUACAUGAGCGUGAGGUAACUUUAACUUCUCACUAUAAUUCAUAUGAUCAGUUUUGUUUGUAUAAGUUUUCAGGAAAAGGUGGAGACCCUAGAAACUAUCUUCAGUGGGAAGAGGACAUGGAAAGGUACUUCAAGUGCAACUCCAUUCCAAAAGGAGAAUACUUGUCCUAUGGUCUAGGACAGCUCACUGAAAAGGCUCAACGGUAUUGGAAAAGAGAAGAGAAGUAUAGGGAACAAUUUCAAGAGCCUCCUAUACGCACUUGGGAGCAAUUCAAAGGGGUCAUGAGGUAUAGAUUUGCACCUUACAUCCCUACACAACACGCGCAGAAGGUGUCUACAAAGAGAGUAGUACAACCCCAAGUCUUGCAGCCGGCAAACCAGAGGCAAAGCUCAAAACCAGUGCAUACACCUCAUGUAAAGCACAACCAAGGUGAGUACUCUAAAUCUUUAAAACCACCUGAGGUUAUUUGUUAUAGGUGUCAAGGCCAAGGUCAUCUUGCAAAAGAUUGCCCCACAAAACGAGCUGUGAAGAUGGCAUUACGUGAAGCAAGAGAAACCAACUUGGAGGUAAGUGAUUCCUUUACUAGAAUAGAUAAAAAGUUUGAUGAUCUUAUCAACUUGAUUAAAGCUAGAUCUAAUUCUGUUUCUAGUAAUUCCAUGACUGUCUUAACACACUUUUCUAGUGCCCAAAAGGUUAAAAACAUUUCAGGUACUAACAUGGAAAUCAAGGAACAAGAACCCAACCUUGCUGCGCAAGCAAGUUCAACACUUGAAAAUUCUCAAGUCCCAACUAAUGAUAUGGUGAUUUCUGAACUUAAUGUGAUUAAUCUUAACUAUCAAAACACUGGGAUGAUGCACUUGUACUCUGUCCAGAAUGUUUAUGAAGGUCUAGGUAAUGAGGAGACACGUCCAGAAGCUCAACAACAAGAGAAUAAUGAGCAAUCUAUCCUAGAGUCCUCUACACCAGCUGAUCAUGCUUUAGAGGUAGCAAAUACCGAAGCUGAAUCAAUGCAAGAUAACCAGGUAUAGGUACAAUGGAGAAGCAUCCAGAACCAAACUCACAACCUUACACCCAAGCAGUGGUCAAUGGAGAAACCAAGUGUGAAAUAGGACAUUUCAAAAAGGAGACCACGUUCUUGCCAAGGGAAAUCAUAGACCUACCAUGGAAAGGGGCCAUAGCUUCCCUACUGAUUAAAGAAGAACCACCAGAUGGACAAUGCAUCACAAAACCGUCCAUAUACCAAGGUAAGACCUUAGCCUCCCAAAAUAGAAUGAAACCUAACUUGCUCUAUCUUGGUGCAGGUAAAUUGGUUUUGAGGACAAAACCUUUUGAAGAGGGAGGGAAUGAUGAGGACCUCAAGUCAGUAGCUGGACCACCAACUCAUGAGAUCAACCAUACAAGCUACAUUGGAGCCAGCAGCAACAUAGGUUCACUCAAAGAAGGAUAUCUUUGCAACCAUGAGAAUUUAACCGUGAAACCAGUUGCUAUAUAUUACUCAAGCAGAGCACGCAGCGAAUUGGUUUCAUACCAAAAGGAGUAAUGGUUUAGGAGAUAUGCCCGUUACAAGUCAGACUAUCUACACUGCAUCCGAACUGGUUCUAAUUAAGGAAAGUAAUUCUUUGCUUAAGGAGUGUGAAACUCAAACUCAUGUGUGGAAACCAGGAGAUUAUUCAUUAUAUCUAAGACCAGUUGGAGAGUUUCUACCAUGCACCAGCAGCCACAAGAUCAAGAUGAAUCCCUUAUUUGUCAACUUACCUUACAUGGAUGCAUUCACACUUGGAGUUAUUGAAGACCAACGGCUCUUUCCCCUUCUGUUCAGGCACGACUUAGAGACUAUCCAGACAUCAAAGGAGAUCCCAAGGAUGCAUUUCUUUCUGCCCAAAACUCACAAGAUACAAGGAGAGAAGAAAACUUCCAUACAUGGACAUAUUCUGUACCAACUUAGUCCAACGGCUAGUUUUUCACUUAUUAUUUCUUUCCAAGUUAUUCUUUUAGGCAUUUGUGUUCUUUUCUAUUUAAACUGAGCUAAGUCUCAUUUGUAAAUCACCCUUGCACGAAAUUAAUAAAGUAUUAUUCAGUUUA